GAUGCAUCGUCAUCAUUCUUCACAGAUAGAGUGCUUACGAUCGCAGGGUACGAUGAGGGUGGCUACAGUGCUAGCGUCAAGCUAGAGUCAUUCAUGAUCGAUUUCAACCUCCUGAAAUCCCACUGGAAGAACGACCCAACCGGCUUGACCAAUCGAAGUGCAAACAUCACCUCCUUCAAUGUGCUGGGUGCUGCAUUUGGCGCCCUGGCUGGUCUCGAUCUCAAUGAUCGACUGGGUCGUCUAUGGUCGUGGCGGUUAGCUAUGGUCGUAUACAUGGUCGGCACCUUCAUCCAGGUCUUCUCAUCCGGGAUCUAUGGCUUGUUGCUGUUCGCCCGCAUUUUCUCCGGACUGGGCGCUGGUCUUUUGACUGUCACGUCGCCCCUGUAUCUGUCGGAGGUGGCACCCAAGGCAACGCGCGGUCUGUCCGUCGGCUUGUACAUGGUCGCUCUGCUGACGGUGCUUUCCAUGGGCUUCUUUAUCAACUAUGGCGCCAAAAUCCACAUGGCCGCCACGCGUACACAAUAUCGACUAGUCCAAGCCAUCCCUCUGAUCCCUGCAGGGAUCACUCUAGUUCUUUCGUGGUGGUGUCCGGAAACCCCACGAUACCUCGCCUCUAAGCAGCGCCACCAGGAAGCAAAGGAGAUACUUGCACGUCUGCGUGGAAAGUCCAUCGACGAUGAAAGUGUUGUGGCCGAGUUCAAGGAGAUCGACCAGCAGGCUAAGGAGCGGGCCGACUUGAAGUCCAUCUCGCACUGGGCAGCUUUCAAGGAGUCCCAGACCAACCCCAAUUACCGCCAGCGAUUCUGGCUGCUCAUGACCAUGCAAACCAUUGCGCAGUGGACAGGUGGAAACGGUAUCACAUAUUACAUAUCGACGAUCUUUACCUACGCUGGUGUCGCCGAUUCCACCUCCCUUAUUUCAUCCGGCGCAUACGGAAUUGUCAAGUUGGUCUUCACCAUGGCAUUCACAUGGGGCCUGAUCGAUCUCUUCGGCCGACGCCGCUGUGCUCUAACUGGCUUGUCCCUACAACUGGCCGCACAUAUCUACAUGGGCAUCUACAUGGGUCUGCAGCCAGGCUCCUCCGACAACAAAUCCGCAUCUGACGCAGCCAUCGCCUCGGUCUUUGUCUACGCUGUGGGCUGGUCAGUGGGUCUCUGCACAAUCCCCUACCUGUACGGUACGGAGAUUUUCCCGAACCACAUCCGUAAUGUGAGCUAUGCGCUCAGUAUGGGUCUUCACUGGUUCUUCCAGUUUGCCGUUGUUCGCGUUACCCCCAACAUGCUCACCAAUCUGCAUAUCUGGGGUGCUUACCUCUUCUGGGCUAUCAUUUGUACCCUCGGUAUCAUCAUCCUGGGUAUUUGGAUGCCCGAGACAAAGGGCGUGCCCAUCGAGCGUAUGGAUGAGCUCUUCUCUGGACCGUGGUACCUCCGCUGGCGCGCUAAGGUCUCCACCACCGAAGACUACUCUGACUCCGGAGAUACCCUUGCAUCGCACGAGCAACGUCAUGCCACCUUCAAGAGCGAUUGA